GUGGGCGCGCUGGGCGUACAGAGCCGCGCGCAUGUAACAUGCGCGCACCCGAGCCGUGUGGGAACACUUCAAAAUCUGUGGACUUAAAUUUAUCAAGGAAGCACUUGCAAAAGGGCGUAUGCUUGGGGCGAGUGGACUCUGAUCAGGGUGCAAAUAUGGCUUAAAACAUCAGUGGAAUGACAACAUCCAACCCAAGCACAUUAGAAUGUUCCUGAAGAAUGUUCUGCCUGCAUUUGCAAUGCAUACAGAAUGGAGAUCCUACGGUCCUGCUAGAAGCUUUAGCAUGCCCUCGUGCUUUGAUGACUCAAGCAGUGUCACAUCUACCACUAGCACUCUGAUCCCUGGGAAAGUCCAGAUGAUUAUUGACAGCCUAAGAAGCACCCAGUCCUCUCUCGACAUGAAUGAGGAGAAUGGUGGAACUCUCCAGACAGGUGAAUCCCGGGCCCCUGAUUACAAUGGAAAGACAAGCCAUGUUGUACAGAAGGCAAGACAGAGGGGGGGAGUGAGUGUUGACAGAACACAGAAACAAAAUGCAGAGGCCUUAAAGUUUGAAUCCCAGAGCCAGGAUUCUGAUAGUGAUGACUCUGUGGACAGAGGAAUUGAGGAAGCAAUUCAAGAGUAUCUGAAGGAAAAGGGUGACCCCAAACAGAGCAUGAAGUUAAACACAAAUCCACUUCAGAUGUCCAAACAGCUGAAAAAAAACUUUUCUUCAUCAGAAACACAGAAAUAUUUGGAUAGGAAUAAAAUCCUAACUGCCAGUAACUAUGCUCCAAAAAAUCUGAAAGCAAGCUACUCAAUGACUAUGGAAAGAAAACCUUUCCACAAGGAAAAGCAUGAUGGGAAUAGUCUCCCUAUUCCCAACAGAACUGAUGUCAACAAGACUCAAGUCAUCAGAAAUACAGCUGACAUGAUUUCACUGUCCAAAAAAGUUCAGCCUCCUUCAGUAGUCAAAGAGGAAAAGACACCAGAAUCUAGCAGUGAUGAUGGCAUCGAAGAGGCUAUUUGGCACUACCAGCUGGAGAAGAACAAGAAACAUGAAGGCUCCCGAACAACAUCCAAAGUCUUUCAAGCCAAAGAAGAGUCUGAUUCCAGUAGCGAUGAUGGCAUUGAAGAAGCUAUUCGGCACUACCAGCUGGAAAAGCAAAAGGAAAAGCAUGAACAUACCACAAAAGCCUUUAAACCUUCUCAUCCUAAGCCUACCCAAGUAGGUAAAACUGCCGCACUGAGUUCAGAAAAACCUAGUAAUCAAGCUUUCAAAAAACAGAAAACGUCAUCCAAAAGAAAGAUUACUGAGAAGCUGCCUAAAAGUACAAUUCCAUCAGCUGUGGUUCUGGAUCAAGUGGACACACCAUUUGACAACAAGGUGUCUUUAUUUAAGAAUAACCCUAUUUUGCCUCUUGAAACUCCACUUCCACUGAAGGUAAACACAACGGCUGAACUUAUGUGUGCCGAGGCUAUACUGGACAUUUCUAAAGCUGUUAUGCCUCGGUCCUUUGAAGAAACUUUAUCUCCUUCAAACCCUUGUAUUGAGUCUCCAUCUUUACCCACUGAGGACUGCCCUAACUGGUCUGAUAACAAAAGUAAUGAUGGCUCUGUUGACAGUGAUGAUGGCAUUGAGCAGGAAAUAAGGAAAUUCCUAGAAUCAAAGGCACAAAUGCAUAAGCAGCAGCUUGUUGACACAAAACAUGAGAAAAAUCAAGAUGACAUCUGGCAGAAGAACGCUGACUCGCCACAGAACAAAAAGCUAAAGCCUGCUUUACCCCGUAAAAGAAAACGCAAGGAAGACAACUUUAAAGCUGUCCAGAGGGAGGCUCCAGAACAAGGGAUAAAAGAAGCAGUGUCUCAGACACAGUGUGAUGGAAUCAUUGGCAUUCAAGCUUCUGGAAGUGUUAUAGAUGCUUUUGUUGCAAUUGAUUUGACAACAAAAAGUGCAGAAAUUAUGAAAAAUCCUGAGCAAAAGUGCUAUCCUGAGAUUCUAAAUAAUGCUACUGGUUCAGUACUUAAUGAAGGAGAUUCACCUUUAGAAAGUGUAAAAAAUGAAGUAUCGGAAUCAACAAUAUGGACAGAUAGAUUGGGAGAGAGUGGAGACAAGAGCAGCUCAUUAGAUAGUGAUGAAGAUUUAGAUGCUGCAAUAAAAGAUCUGCUAAAGACCAAAAGAAGACUGAGAAAGAAGACAAAGGACAAGAAGGUGAAAUCAAGGAAAAAGUUUCAUUCUGGUAAUAUGGAAUUAUCCCAUGAGGAAGACUCUGAGAAAAAGAAAAUUCUUGUUGAAAGUAAAAUCGGUACCAUCCCCAAGAACUGUGAUGAAACAUCUAAACAUACUGUAGUUAAUAAACGCAAAUUGAGCAAUGUGAGCUCAAAGCUCAUAAAUAAGAAGGUGAAACCCUGCACUAAUUUAGAUAAGAGUGGUGAUGCACAAGAGCAGGCUGGUGUGGAAAUGUUUGCAGGUUGUGCAUCUCAAAUAGUGGAAGACAGUAGUUCUGUAGACAGCGAUGACAGCAUUGAGCAAGAGAUCAGGAAGUUCUUGGCGGAGAAGGCAAAGGUGUCCACAAUGAGCAUAAGUACCGAGGAGUUCAGAAACAAAAGUGUCAGCACUACCGAUUUCCCACUGCAAAGGAGUAUGUCGUUGGAAGCUCAGCAGGCUGAGAUUUCUCCUACCUUAAAGGCUCCAUAUUUUGAACUGUCUGAGAGAUCUGGAUCUGAACAGGACAGAAGUCAAGAUGGACAGAUGCUACAAAGUACACCUGAUUUUUAUGUUUCUCAAUCCAGUAAAAAUGAUCAGGCAGGUAGGGAAGUGGAUGCUCCUAAAAUGCAAAAGAGAAGCAUAAUGACUUUGGAGGAGAGUAGGACUCCGAGUAUCAGGCCAGAGAUGGAAAUGUGCAAAUCAGAACAGAAUUUCACCUCUAACUGUAUCACAGAAGCUGGACCGAUAAAUCAAGUAAUUCCUUCAGCAGAAAUGUCGCCUUUUCAGUCACAGAGUCAGAACCUGUUCUGCUAUAGCAAACUCAGCCCACAUAGUGACAGGAGUGUCAAUGUGACCAGUGCAACCAAUUUGCAAAGUGCAGUCAUCAAGGAUCAAGAUAAAGGUAACGGGUCUGCAAAGGAAACAUGUAACAUGUGCUCAUUAACAUGUGACUCUGAGAACAUGUGCAAGCACACAUUAAUGAACCUUUUCAAGCGCUCCCCUGAAACUGCUUCACCUGCCAGCCUUCCAUAUUCCACCUGUUUGCCUAACAGGCUAUUCAAGCAGGACACUGUUUCGGACCGGGGCCAUCUGGAAGGCACCUCUCUGUUGGAGAACGUGGUGCAAGUCAAGAAAGAACCUUUGACAUUCUCCAAAGAAGAACCCCAUGAGUUCUUUUGUGUUCAGGUCAGGAAUAGGGAUCUCAUUGGGGCAGAAGAUGGGAAGAAUUGCUAUGGAGAAACAGUAAAUAGGAAGCAAGUGGAGGGAGAGCAGGUGAGAGAGGAAAGGAAGGACUGUGUGGAGAACAGUUUUGAAUCAUGUGAGGAGAGAAUGAGUGCUGAUCAGAGGUCAGAUCAGAGUCGGAAUCAGCAUCCUGGAUUGUGAGUGCAUUUUGUAACAUAUUAAUUUGGGUUUUUCCGUUACGGUAAACCUUUGGAAUGCCUUCCUUUUGAGAUGUUCAUUUAUUCCAGCACUUUCAUGCUUAGAUUGCAAGAAAUAUGAGAAAAUAAGUAGUACAGGUUUUUUGUAUAUUUUUACAUUUCAAGGGUUAUUUAAACAUGUUCAUACAUAUUAAGGUGAUAUUGUAAAUAUGCAGUUUUUUUUUAGUAUUCAGAACUCAAAGACGCCAUUAGUCAGUAACCUCUCUCAUUCUAUUCAUGCUUUUUUUCUUUCCAUAAAUGGAUGGCACGUUGACUAUACAUACUGUGCCAUGUCUAUGUGUAAAAUGGGCUUAUGUCUAAUGUACUAGAGGGCUAUUUCCAUACUGGAUUUCAGUACAAUCCAUUCCACUGUAAUUGAUAAUUGCUAAUAUCCAUUUGUUCUGUCCAUGCCCCAAAUGGAAAAAUAUACAGAGAAAUUUCAUUAAACGGUAAAAUUCAGCAAUCUGAAACUAUGAAAACUUGUAUACUUGUGGCUCACCAGGAGUUUGAGACACUCUCACUCCACUGUAUCCCAGACCAAAUAAGUUGAUAUUUUCAGUGUACAAACUGUGAGAGCUUUGUGCAGAACUAUGUUCUAUGUAGUACAAUAAUUUAUAAUCUACACAGAUUUUGCUGUAUAGUUAUCAAUGUAUGUAUUGCCAAAGUAGUAUAGCAUACUCACUAUAGUGUUGUCAAAGCAGCUACAAACAAUUUUUUGAUGCCGAACCUUGUAAAUGGUGGAAUCUAGAUUGGAUGCCACUGUCACUCCUAAUAUAAAUAAUGAUUUUGAUACCGAUUCAGUGUCUAGUUUUUGUUUAAACAAGCAUAUUCUCAUGAGAGAGGUUUCUUUUUAUACAUCUUGUGCUUUUUCUUUGUAUAACGAUCAUGCUUUGGUCGGUAGUCCGGUAUAUGUCUGUAAAAAGCUUAAAUGUGUUUUUUGCAUAUGUUACAAGUAUAUGCUUGAACUUAUCAAAGGACCAAUAAUGUACAUUUAUGUUAAACUUGGCAGGUGAAAUGAAGAUUUCCUUAUGUACAAUAUAACAGGGGGAAAAAUAGUCACAGUACAAACUAGGAUUUAAUAAUGAAAAGGGUGCUACAAAAAUGGAACUGGUACCUAAAAAUUAUAGUUGAAUAUUGGUCUGACUAAAUAGAAUGAUUGCCAUCCCGAUACAAAUUAUGAAACAAUAUUACAAUUUCUUGUGCAGUCAUCACAACAUUUCUUACCUACUUAUUAUGGUUUUAGAAAGAAUUCUGCUUGCUGUGACUUACAUUAAUCUUAUUGUCUGAGUUUGCUUUUUCUGUUUUGUAUGCAAGUAAACCACUACCCAGCUGGUGUUGGGGAAAAUGGUGAAUUCACUGAUGCCAGAGUGAAAGAACAACACAGCCUGAAGACUUGGGCUGACAACAGCAUUUAUAAAUGAGUAGUGAAACAGAGAAUGAAUUUUGUAGAGACCUGGUCUUCUGGGAACAAGAGGCCACUCCAAUGAGAAUAACCACUGUGAAAUUCUCUUUCUGUGGUACACUAAAAGUUUGUGCACAGAUUUGUGUUAAGAUCAUCUUCACCAUGGCCUGGAACAUCCAGAAAACUCCCUGGAAGAAGACGUGUCUGGUUGGUUCUUUUGUAGAAGAAUUUCAGUACUUGUUUUGAUCUUAUUUUUCCAAACAUCUGCAGCAUUGUAAGCCUUUUAGAGAUCAUUAAACAAAACUGGACAGUCAGUCUGGGGGUACAGGUGUAUGUCUGUAUUUGUGUGUUCUGUUAGCCUCUCCAAAUGAGUCAGGCGUGGACCUCUUCAGCUCUCCUUUGGCAUUUCCUUAUUACCUCUUCUGUUUUCCCGCUGUUACUUUUUCUCAUUUAAUUGUAUACUAAUCUGGAUGGGUUAGAACAGUCAUCGACAUCCUUUCACUUUCUUACCAGACUAUACACAAUGUAUUUAUUUCUCCCCCCAUAACUAAAUCCUUCUGCUAUUGAGUGAUAUACAACUAGCUGUAAAAAGUAUCCUUCUUGCUGGUUAAAACUGGUAAUGGUAUGCAAACUUAGCAGGGCUGCCCUAUCCAUUGUUUCAUCGUUUUAUGUUGAGUAAUGUCUGGCAGUGCUUGCCAUUCCUAUUUGUAUGUAAAAAGUACUGUAAUUUAUUGCUGUUUUUACAGAACAGCCAAUGAGAUCAGCUGAUGGGUAGCAACUCCUAUGUGCAUUGAAUUAAUUGACCAUCUCUCUGUCCCACUGAUUUUCAUUAACAGUUUUUAAUCAUUCUUUUGUUGUGCUAUGUGUAUGGCAAAACCUUUUUUUUUGAAUUCCUAAUGUGAAAAAAAUGUUAUUUAUUUUUGUUUAUACAAAAGAAGAGACUUUACUGACCAUGCUGUGCAUUGCCAGUUUUCAUAAAUAUUUUGCAAAAAAGUUUUCCCCUUUUCCCUGUUUGAGGAGGAAAAACAUGUAUGUAUCUUUAAAGAGCAGCUGUCAAAUAAAGAGUGAAAUUAUAAUAAAAUGUUGAUAAUGACUUCA